AUGGAUAUGAAGAAAAAAUCUUUGCUGUCGAGUUUUGAUGCUGCGGCUUCGUUUAGUGAAUCUUCAAGCAUUCUGCCCGAGGACACUGUAAAGCUAGUUUAUUGCAUCCUGGAUGAAAUAUGUUCUAACUUGACGCGUAAUGAAGUGCAGGAGGACGUAGCCCUCCUUCCACUGCUUAUGUGCGUUGAAAACGCCUUUUGCAGGAGACAUUACCACAUUUUUCAAACGUUGACAGGAGAAGAUAUCCAUACUUUUGUGAGCUGGUGCCUUCAUCGCCUCGUUUGGAUUGCUGUCCGUGGCUCGUUUCGCCAAGUAUAUGCUUCCAUAGCAGCAGCCGUCCAACUAUUUUCCGCGCUUGAAUGCCAUAUUCUGUCCGACAUCCCUUUACACGCCCAUAACUUCAUUUCUGCAGCCAAAUAUGUUCUACAGAAUAUGGAGGAAUUUGAUGCCGACGAAACUCAAAAGGAUAUAGUUCCCUUUACCCUUCAAAUGCUAUCGUCAAAAAGCGAUCGCUUUGUUUUGGGCAACAAGCUCCAGUUGAGUUUCUUCCCUAUCACACUGGAAAAAAUAGCCGAAGCUUACAAAUUUGUCAUUAUGGCCAGUCGACUAGUUGGACAAUUCCUCCCGUUUCUUCUUUCGCUGCAAACAAGCCUGAUCACUCCGGCGCUAAGUUUCCUGACCGACGCUAUCGAAUUGAGUGACCUGAACGGCAAGUGGCAAGCACUGGAGGCUCUCUCUACCUGCAUUGAUGCCGUCGACCAGAUUUCCGGCCCAGUAACUGCCAUAUCAAUUGAUUGGGUUGAUCUCAUUAGCAAAGCCGUUGCCAACUCUCUUGUUUCUCUGGCCUUCUUACCAGAGAUCGACACAGCUGAUUACACCAUAACCUUUCGUGAACAUUCCGGACCAGAUAAAUUUGUGCUUUUAUGCUGCCAUGUAUUGAGAAAACUCCCCAGUGUUAUUCCAGCCGUUGAGUUCUGGCCCUGUCCGGGCUGUGAACGAAUUCAGCAGCUUCUACAGGUUUGCGUUAUCUGCCUAGAACGUUAUCCCACUUUGAAUUUCCCGGGAAAAAUGCAGUUAAUUGCCUCCAUAAUGACAUUUUUGCAAGAAUUUCUCGGCCUAAAAACUAUGUCUUCUCAUGACCAAACUGAUUCCGAUUUGUGGCAACAAAUUUAUGCGAUCUUGCGCACCGAAAACUACUUCAACAGCCUGCUUUCCCUCGACGAAUGUCCGGCCGAUAUACUGAGCUAUGUCGAAACAUAUGACCAAACAUGGAAUGAAGUCAUCCAGUUUUUCGGAACCUGCCUGAAACGACUUGGUCUAGACCCCAUCAAUUCCGUUAUUUCCGACAUCAGCCUUCUUUUCCUUACUGACGCCAAUUUAAAUGACCUCGAUUGGUUACAAGUCUCGGCUCUUGUUUCUGCUUCCCUUGCCACUCUUGUUACCACAGACUUCGAACAUUGUGAUGCUGUUUCUUCGUUGCCCGGACUCCUAUUGCCGCAACUGUUUCGCGCCCUCGUCCAUCCUCAAAUGCACGAGCUGAACCUCCUUUUUCAGCUGCGAACCCUAGCUGCCCUCUUGGAGGCUGCUCUAGACGAAUCCAUUGUGCUUGACUUGGACAGAACGGAAGUAAAGUCUUUGACAGACCUACUAACUGCCAUUAAUAAACAACUGCCACCGAACUCUGUGCAACAACACUGUCUGUUGGGUAUUGGUUUGCGGAUUGCCGUUCUUCUUUCUACCUUCUGCAAUUCCAAUUCUUUGAAUUUUGCCCUGGAUGUUUUUGCGGAUGCGGCCUCGGCCAUCUGUCAGCUGGGCGUGCUUGGCCACUGGUUGAAGCCCCUCUCCAUGGCUUCGCCGCCGGGGCUUACUACCGUGAAAGCUCGUCGGCUUGUUGCUGGUCCACUUACCGAGUUCCUCAGAAUUCUGAUUAGAUCUCUACCGAAGGCUAAUGCUCCUGAAUUUGAGCGCAACGUCCUAAGCAUCCUGGAGUUGGCUCGUCUCACAACCUGCUUUGCAUGGGUCGCCCCUCUAUGCAACGACCUCAAACUGACUUGUUGUUGUUUCCACUGCCCGAGAGAAGCCGAUUGGGCAAAGGCGAGGGAGCAGGAAAGCGACCUCAAGUUCUCCUUUCUCCUCCAACUCCUACGACAGUUUGAUCCGCCGCUACCCUCGCAGAAGGUUAAUUCGGGAAAAAUCGCCUUGGCUUGCCACAUCGCUCAACAUGUCUCCUGGACGAUGGUUACUGCGGAUGAAGUUAUUGAAUUCUGCCGCCUCGUUCUUACCUUCUACGUACAGCCAGAUCCUCUUCACAUAGUCUCUUUGAGGUUUGUUGUAAAAAAAACUUGUUCACUCAGUCUUGCACACGCUCUUCUACCUCCAACCAGACCGUAA